UGUCUUAUAAUUAUCACGAUUAAAGGUUAAUAGAAUUACGCUUUGGUUGUAAUAUGUUUUACAAAUAAAAAUAUUCUAUUCUAUGUUGUUUCCAGGGUCUGCCGGUAUACCUCAGCAGUCAGGUUUCUACUGGAAAGGAGUCUGGUUACCGCUCUGUGUUACCUUCGAACCCGGAACUGCCAAAUCUGUUUAUAUUGAAAUGUUGGACCGCAGUGAAGCUCCUGCGAUACAGGAUGGGUACGGCAUUUCGGUGGCGUACGCUUGCCUCAUGGAGAUCAUCCGGUCAAUAGCUAUUAGUGUCGAAGGCAACGAGUAUUUCCGACUACAAGAGUUGUAUGAAGAUAUUCAAAAUGACACAGAGGAGAGGGAGGUUAAUUCUAAUAAGAAUGUUAAUAGCAAAGAUACGGAGGACAAAACGGAUAAAAUGAUAACGAAUAACUCCCAUAAUGGAGAAGCUGAUCAGAACUCUAAUGUGGUGCAGAAGAUAGAUGAUGUGGAGGAGAAAGAGAAGCAACUUCGGCUGCAGCUACUUAAAUCGUCAUGGUGCGGCCUGGUUUGGGGCCUGUCAGUGUUAGCCGAAGCCAGUAUAGGCGAGCUCGAGAACAUACUCCGAGCCAUUCAGACCCUGGCUAGAGUCAGCGGGAAGGUCGGUCACUCAGUAGGUCGUGACGCCUGCGUCAGUGCACUCUGUCGCUGCGCCCUCCCCGCGCAGUACGUGGUGCCAGCUCUCGGAGCCCUGGGAGCCCUGCCCUGCCCAUGGAGACGGGAGCCACCACCACCUCCGGACCCUGAUUACCGACACCAAGUUGUCUGGGUCGGCACACCUCUCCCCUCGGCCUCGUUGCCUACAGGUCAGCAGCAGUCUUUUGUGAUGGUGACAUCUCGCCACGUGACUGCUAUGAAGGCCUUGCUCUGCGCCGCCCAGCGGGACGGAGACACCAUCCAACAGGCCUGGCUGCCAGUCCUCACUACACUGCAGCAUCUGGUUUGGAUCUUGGGCCUUAAACCCUCGACUGGAGGCAGUAUGAAGGCAAGUCGCGCAAGCGCAGACGCCAACGCUGUCAUGAGUACUUCCGCUGUCAUGGCCGACCUUCCAGGUCAGCAAGUUCCAGUGGCAGAGUCGCUAGGAGUUAUGAGUGCGCUUUCAGCGAUGUUGUCUCGAGUGUUCGAGUCUUCAAAGAACUUGGAUGAUGUAGCGCUGCAUCACCUUAUUGACGCGCUGUGCAAGCUUUCGAACGAAGCUAUGGAGUUGGCAUAUUCUAACAGAGAACCGUCACUGUUCGCGGUGGCCAAACUGCUCGAGACGGGCUUAGCGAACAUGCACAGGAUAGAGGUCAUGUGGCGACCUAUCACCAACCAUUUAUUGGAAGUAUGCCAACACCCCCACAUCAGGAUGCGGGAGUGGGGUGUGGAAGCCAUCACGUACCUCGUGCAAGCUGCCUUCCAGUACCAUCACAACAACCCUUGUCUCGUUACUGAGGCUCGAGAACGUCUCCUACUAGAGCCUCUAUCGGAACUGUGCGCUGUGCGUCAGUGCGAUGUCAGAGCUCGCCAGCUGGAGUGCGCAGCCAGGCUGCUGCACUCUCGUGGAGAUCAGCUGGGUGCUGCCUGGCCUCUCAUGAUGGAGAUCAUCUCCGCCAUAUCCUCACACCACAGCGAGCAGUUGAUCCGCUCGGCGUUCCAGUGCGCGCAGGUGGUGGCGGGGGACCUGCUGGGCUGCGCCGGGCCGCGCUGUCUGCGCCAGGUCCUCGCCGCCGCCGCCGCCUUCGCCACGCAGACCAAGGAGCUCAACAUCAGCCUCACUGCCGUCGGACUCAUGUGGAAUAUAUCUGACUACCUGUACCACAACCGCGACAAGCUGGUGGCGGCGUUGGCCAGCGACGCGGCGGUAUGCCCCGAGCUGCCCCAACACGCGGACCUACCCCCUCUCGACAAGCUGUGGAUGCGAGCUAUGCACGGAGGCGCGCGCCCCGGUGCGUCGCGCGGCGUGCCAGACGCUGUUCAGCUGCGUGGGCGCGCACGGCACGCUGCUCAGCCGCCCCGCCUGGCGCGCGCUGCUCGCCGUGCUCUUCCCCAUGCUCGAACAGGUAACGCAGCAAGCCUACCAUUGGCGGAGUGCCCUGCUUGGGCUGAGCUCCGCCGUGUUCUCAGAGAAGUGAUCGGUGGCGGCGACCUCUCGCGCCCGGCCUUAGUCGAGGCCAUGGUGCAGAUCGAGAGGAACUGGGACGCCGUCUCCUCCUUCUGUGAAGCAGUUAUGCUCGCAAAGGAGGAGGCGGAGCGCGAGGGAACUAUCCUCCUCACGCCCCAACCGCCACAGAAGGCGACAUUCCGGGCGACGGGGAUCGAGAGAUGA